AUGUCCAUCUUGACACUUCUAUUCUCGGCCCUGGUAUUCCCAUUGCAUGGUUCAUCGGCAUCAGGGAGCCAUUGCUGCACAAAAUUGCGCUCUACUUUUGGAAACUAUGUCCUGUUCCCAGAUUCAUUGGAAUACAACACCUCGGUCUCGUCGUAUUUCUACAUGGAGCAACGUACAAGCCCUUCCUGCAUUAUCGCACCCAGAGAUGUCGAGGAAGUGGCUGCUGUCCUGAGGUCACUGCAAUCUUGUAAAGAUGUGGAAGUCGCCGUGCGAAGCGGCGGCCACUCUCCUAACCAAUUCUUUUCCAAUGCGAAGAAUGGGGUAACGAUCGACUUGCGUGGCCUCAAUUCUAUUGUUCCAAAGGAAGAUGAAAACAUUGUUGCCGUGGGAACGGGCGCGCGAUGGCGCGAUGUCUAUAGUAUACUGGACCCUCUGGGAAGGACUGUAGUCGGCGCAAGGGUUGCUAGCGUUGGGGUGGGUGGCUUUUUGAGUGGUGGUAAUGAGCUAACAAUAACCCGAGGCGGGAUCUCGUUCUUUUCCCCAUCUGAGGGAUUUGGAUGUGACAACGUUCGCAACAUGCAGGUGGUUCUUGCAAAUGGCACGGUUGUUGAUGCCAACUCGAGGUCGAACCCGACCCUCUUUCGCGCCCUCAAAGGGGGACAAAACAACUUCGGAAUUAUUACAAGAUUUGAUCUCAAAUUAAAGAAAGUCUCGAAAUUUUGGGGAGGCGCCAUUCUAUCUCCGGGUGCCGCGGAUCCCGCUCAGCUCGACGCCUUCACUACCUUCAAGCUUGGAAUCUACGACCCAUUGCUUGAAAUCGAGCAGACCUUUGUCUAUUAUGGAUCUCAGAACUCUUCCUUCAGUUCGAAUAAUUUAUUCUAUCUGAAUGAUGGAACAAACACGAGUGCAUUAGAUCGAUUUACGCAGAUACGUCCACAGAUUACCUUAACGAAAGCUUUGGCGAAGAUAUGCACCUUAGGGAAGAAGUCUUUCAGUAUGGUUUGCGAGAGAGGGAUGACGAUUUCGACAAUGGACCUUCACAUUGCGGACUCACCCACAAAUGCCCAACAUCUCGCAUAA